AUGUUUGGAAAGGAGUCAUGCACCUUCGUAUUAUUCUUGUUGAUCGACUACGUGACUGGUUUAGGUGAAAUAAUUUAUGCCGUCAAUGCAGGCGGUCCGGCUCAUACUGAUAUAUAUGGUAUACACUACGAAAAGGAUCCACUACAAGGAAGAAUAGGCACCGCAUCUGAUUAUGGAAAACAAUUUGUCAUGAUAGGGCGAGUCAAUUCCAAAGACGAAAUUCUUUAUCAAACUGAACGUUACCAUCACAGCACAUUCGGUUAUGAUAUUCCAGCCAAUAAAGACGGCGACUACGUUCUAGUGCUCAAAUUUAGUGAGGUGUAUUUUAAUGCUCCUAACAUGAAAGUGUUUGAUGUUGUGCUAAAUGGUGAUCACACUAUUGUAGCUGAUUUAGAUAUUUUUGAUAAGGUGGGUAGGGGUGUCGCUCACGAUGAGUAUAUUCCGUAUUCUAUUAAGAAUGGUAAACUCUACUACAAUGAUGAAGAGUCUGACAUAAGAGGAGGUAAAAUAAAAGUUGAAUUUAUAAAAGGCUACAGGGACAAUCCUAAAAUAAAUGCUCUGUAUGUAAUGAAAGGUACAAUAGAUGAAGUACCCAAGUUGCCACCCGUAGUGUGGCCUGAAAAUGAGGCGGAAGAGCCCCGGGAAGAAGUGGAGGAAAAAGCUACAAAGUCCCGAAGAGCAAGUGGCCCUAAACAACCUGACCCAUAUUCCAUAGAUGACAGCUCAGUAAUGGUUCCAUUAUUUAUAACGAUCGGUGCUUUCCUUCCACUAUUGUUUUGCCUGUGCAAACUCUAA